AAUUAAGAUUCUUUUCGGGAAAUUUAAAAUUCAUUGCUUGGUUAGCGCUUGCUCAAUGUUUAACCCAAAUAAAUUGUGUGAACUUCCACCUGAAGCUGAACAUAUUCUUGGCCCCGAUGUUUGGGGGAAGAUGAAUGAAAUUAGAAACAAUUCAUCUCUCUCAAUUCACGACAAACGUGUUCAAAUUCAUCAAUUGUUUGCUACUUUGCCCGAAGGGACUCUAGACAAAUUGCCGUUACCAAAAGAAUUUGACAAUUUGCCGGCUGAUGUCCGUGAAAAGAUAAAAGCACUUUGGCGUCAACAUGAUUUACCAAUUGAAAAGAAAAAAGAGCAAUUUGAAGCUUUGAUUAAAACACUUUCGCCAGAACUUCAAAAGCAAAUGUGUGGACAAAUGUGUGCUAAAUUGAAGGAAAGGAAGGAAGUAUAG